GCUAAUCAGUAUUUUAUUUGCUGUAGUCUACACUGAUGAUACUGUUACCGCCACCGCUGACCCUACUGAAUCACCACCAGGAUCACUUGGAUCAACUGGUUCAGCUCAACCAACCGGAUCGGCCAAAGAAAUCAGUACAAAACACAACUUUUGCCAAUUUUUAUCUAUGGUUCCCAACAUCAACCGGGGUAACCAUAACACCUAUUGUGAGCCCAAAUGUCACCUACAAUAUGGAGGCGCCCUGUGUUAAGGGGUCAGUGAUAGAACAGCUCUCAUAUCACGCCACGAGUCCAUCGCCGGUCACCUGCACUGGCGUUAUUGUCAGCAAACAGGACGACGAAUAUAACGCCACGUUUGCCGCCGAUUCGGCCACCGAGAUGCUCAAGCUUACUAAACUGACCCAGAUAUUUGCCUAUGUCAACGGUAAUCAGGCGUUUCCGGUUUGUGGGAAAGUAACGGGUGGCCGAUGCGAUGGCGACACUUUCUGGGGUAAUGGUAUACUCAUAGCCAACACCCAAACCGGCUGUCAGAGCCCAAGUGGUGUGGCGUCAGUGAAGGUGCUUUUUAGUGACAUCGAGGUAAUUGGCAAAUGUUCAUCAAGGUGCAAUAGCGCCGGGUCUGUUUUCACAUACAAUCCGCCCGUCAAUGCUAAAGGUUUUGUGAAUAGUUAAAUGUUGCUUAUGGUU